GCAAAAACAAACAUAAAAUCUUAAAUUCAGAAGAGAUUUUCUCUACUGAAAACGAAGAUGAUUGCUAGUCUCAAAGCCGAAGAUCAAAGCCAGCUCCAGCUUGUGGAGAGAGAAGAUAUUGAUGACGAAGAAGACUUGUUCGAAGCAAUUGAUAAACUGACCUCUCAAGGAAUCAAUGCUGGAGAUGUAAAGAAGCUUCAAGAUGCAGGGAUAUACACCUGCAAUGGCUUGAUGAUGCACACAAAGAAGCAUUUGACUGGAAUCAAAGGAUUAUCUGAGGCAAAAGUUGAAAAGAUCUGCGAAGCUGCUGAGAAGAUAGUGAAUUUUGGUUAUAUUACUGGAAGUGAUGCUCUGCUGAGAAGGAAGUCAGUGAUUAAAAUUACAACUGGAAGCCAAGCCCUUGAUGAACUAUUAGGCGGUGGGAUUGAAACUAAUGCUAUUACGGAAGCUUUUGGGGAGUUUCGGUCUGGCAAAACACAACUUGCCCAUACUCUAUGUGUUUCCACGCAGCUUCCUACAAACAUGCGGGGUGGGAAUGGAAAGGUUGCUUACAUCGACACAGAAGGAACUUUCCGCCCUGAUCGAAUUGUACCCAUAGCCGAAAGAUUUGGAAUGGACCCCGGAGCUGUCCUUGACAAUAUCAUUUAUGCUCGUGCAUACACAUAUGAGCAUCAGUAUAACCUGCUCCUUGGUCUGGCUGCAAAAAUGUCUGAAGAACCAUUCAGACUUGUGAUUGUAGAUUCAGUGAUUGCCCUCUUUCGAGUAGAUUUCACAGGAAGAGGGGAGCUUGCAGAUCGGCAGCAAAAACUGGGACAGAUGCUCUCCCGAUUGACAAAGAUAGCUGAGGAAUUUAAUGUUGCAGUCUACAUGACCAACCAAGUCAUAGCUGAUCCUGGAGGGGGAAUGUUCAUAUCAGACCCAAAGAAACCAGCGGGGGGGCAUGUGCUUGCUCAUGCAGCUACAAUAAGAUUGAUGUUCAGGAAAGGCAAAGGUGAACAACGUGUCUGCAAGGUGUUUGAUGCCCCAAAUCUGCCCGAAGCUGAAGCAGUGUUUCAGAUAACACCAGGGGGCAUUGCCGACGCAAAGGACUAACCCAAAGAUCAGGUCAUAGUCCAUUGGCAACAUGGAAGCAGCAAAAUUAAGGAUGUUUCAUUACCCUGUUAUCUAGUAGUGCUUGUGUAAAGUGUUAUAAACUGUUUUAAUUUUCUGCAGCAGAAAAGGGUUAAUACUA